AUGGUCGCAAUCGUUCCAUCUGAAUUGCUGCUUAUCGGCAUCGCGGCAGCAUACUUCAUCUGUUCUGCUUCAUCGUAUGCAGUCAGCAGUCCGCUGCCCGAGCCCGGAACAUGUGGACUAAGCCUGGGAAACCGGGUCCUGGGUGGUAACCGGACCGAUCUUAACGGCUAUCCCUGGACUGCCCUUCUUGUGGUUCAGACGAUUCUUGGUUCUUUCGCUGGUUACGCAUGUGGAGGCUCUCUGAUCGCCAGCCAGUUCGUACUGACGGCUGCUCACUGCUUCGAGGACUUUCCUUCAGACCUCCGGAUUUCCAAGGUCCGUCUCGGAGAUUGGGACAUUUUCAGUCCGAAGGAUUGCGUAGAUGGACUAUGUGCUGAUGCACCAGUCGAAAUACGAGUGGCAGGCCACAUUGUUCAUCCAGACUACACAACUGAAGACAACCAUAACGAUAUUGCGCUGAUCAAACUAGAACGUCAAGUUCAGUUCACCGAAUUCAUUUCACCCGUUUGCCUGCCUUUGGUCAAGGAUCUUCGAACGAUGAGGGAAGCCAGCAAGAAGUUCACCGUCGUCGGAUGGGGAGCUAGGGAGAGAGGUGCUUAUGGAAGUCAGUACAAACUGGCCGUGGAUGUUCCAGGAGUAUCCGUGGAAACCUGUCGCAAAACGUAUCCGGCGGUGAUUGAUACGGAAAUGUGUGCGGGUGGCGACCCCGGCAAAGACUCUUGCCAAGGUGAUUCCGGUGGCAGUUUGGUCCUCAACGACGAUGGAUACUGGUAUCAGUUUGGGGUGGUAAGCUAUGGGCUUGGCUGUGGCAUUGAGGGAGUUCCUGGCGUCUAUACACGUGUAACCAGCUAUUUGGAUUGGAUUCAGAAGAAAACUGGAGUUUCCAAUAAGAUAAAGCCGGAUCAAAUAUUAAAUUCUUAUUUUCCCCCUUCCCCUUUUCCUUUUGAUUUUUCAGAAAAUUAA